GCCCCGGUGUCGGCAUGGCGGGCUGGGGGAGGCUGGCGAGGCUCGGCGGGCAGCUCUUGGCGGCCGCGUCGAGGGCUCCCGGCCACAGGGGACAGCUGGGCUUUCUAGUCAGGCACACUAAUAGUGCAACGUGGUGGCACGAGCAUCUUUCUGAAGAGAAUGUGGAGUUCCUGAAGAAGAUAACUGCGGAAGAAUACAAAGCUCAGACAGCCAGCAAGCUCUGCCCUCUGAAAGAUGAGCCUUGGCCACUGAAUGAGUGGACACCAGAUUCUAUCAGAGUCGGUGUUGUUGCAGUAAAACUGGGAAUGAUGCCAGUAUGGACCAAGUCAGGAAAAAGACAUGCUGUCACAUUACUUAAGGUGCAAGAUUGUCAUGUUUUAAGAUACGUUUCAAAGGAAGAUUCGGGUGGAAAAACAGCUAAGCUGCUUGUUGGAGGCAAAAACGUAUCUCCUUUUUCUAAACCAGAGUCUGCACAUCAGAUUUUUAAAGAAGCUGGAGUACCACGAAAGCAGAAAGUUGCAACAUUUAAUGUAACAGAUGAUGCCAUAAUUAAGCCAGGUACUCCUUUGUAUGCUGCUCACUUCCGCCCAGGGCAGUUUGUGGAUGUUACUGCAAAAACAAUUGGUAAAGGAUUUCAAGGUGUCAUGAAAAGGUGGGGAUUUAAAGGUCAGCCUGCAAGCCACGGCCAGACAAAAACUCACAGAAGACCUGGAGCAAUAUCUACUAACAAAGCUUCCAAAGUUUAUCGCGGAAAGAAAAUGCCAGGUAAAAUGGGUAACGUCUAUAGGACAUGUUUUGGAUUAAAGGUGUGGAGGAUCAACACAAUACAUGACAUUAUUUAUGUAAAUGGCUCUGUUCCAGGUCACACAAAUUGUCUGGUGAAGGUCAGAGAUAGCAAAUUGCCUACUUGCAAGGAAUACAAUAAAAACCCUCCAUUCCCUACAUUUUUUGCUGAUGGAGAUGAAAAACUACCAGAAGACCUUUUUGAUGAGGAAAUCUUCCAGUUCACGGAUCCAUCUGUCACAUAUACAUAAUGUUCUUCACAUCUUUGAAAACACACAGUUUCAUUAUUUUCAUGAACUUUGCAAUUCUGUAUGAAAGAAAACCUAUGAAUUGCAGUCUGGCCAAAUGACUUAAACACUUCAGAUAUUGCCAUUUUGGUCAGGUAAUCGGGUUUCCCACUGUCAAUUUCAAACCAGGGACAGGUUGUAAAGCACAUCAAAUAGUGUGUCUUCAGUGAACUUUUGUCCUUUGCCUCAGGCUAUGAAAACUUACUCAUUUCUGAAAACUGUUGUUUUGAGAUGGUUCCAGUUCAUUUUCUAAAUGCUAACAAACUCUGUUUCUUUCUUAUGUAAAGUAUUCUGGGCAACUCUGAUCAAUCAAAAAACGUUCCAAAUCUGCCUUGGCAUCUGGGGGAGGAGAUGUGUGGGGAGAGGAGGCGGGGGAGAUCUGUGAAGAAUAAUCCAAAAUAAAACAAGAAAAUGCAUUGUUCUGCAGCAGCACAAGCUUGUUUUGCUUCCUUCUUUUCACCAGAGCUCUUUUUCUUCUUUUGCUUUAACAUUGUGUUGAGUUAAUGGUAGCAGAUACCCAACAAAUUUUCUAGGGGGAGGAUGAUGCUGGCCAUGUGUAGGGUGAGGGGGUGUUCAGAUGGGAAAUGUUCAGUAACAAAGCAGCACUAAGACUGCAGUGGCCACCUGUUUGCUAACAGCUUGUUCUGAACUUCGCAGAGGGUCCCUCGAAUGCUCUCUGGAGAAAUAUCUCCACACCUACCACUGUCUCUGUAUUGGAUUCUUAAGCUGUUACAGGAGAGCUGUUACUAAGAAAGCAGGUAAAAUGUGAGGGAUUUGUCUUUAUGAUAGUGCUCAUUUUUCUUCUGCCCGACCUUUCAGUAGUAGCUGGAAUCAUUACACUCCUUUUAUUUUCCAUCUUGUGUGAUUUACUAUUUAUAAGUUUGAUCUUUUGAACACUGUAAAUCCUCUCACCUACAGAGGUAAGUACCUGCCUGUCUGUACCAUCUGAGUACUUAGAAGUCCUACAGUAGUUCAAGAACUUACAUACAAAUUACCAUUAAUACUGUGGCAGUGCUGUCUACUCAUCUUUGCAGCUUCAUCACAAGACAUCAAAUACCUAAAGUAAAUGAGAUUUCUCAAAACCUUACUAAUACUACCCAAUUUAAAAGGUGACAUCCGUACCUUUGUGGUAACUUCCAGUCACUGAAGAUGUUUUAUUUUCUUUUGUGAUUGCUUGAAGAAACCACAUGCCAUCUUACAAAGGCUCUGUGUUAGCUGCUGACUUGUAGUAGACUGGGAGUGAUCAUUAGAGACUGUGGUAUGGAAAUAUGAACUGCUGUAUAUCUGCAUUGUAGGAUAUCCUCUUUGCUCAAUUCAGUCCGAUAUAAAAUGUGAUUCAAAUAAGUGCACCAGAAUGCUGAAGAAACAGCAGCCCCUUCGUGCUUCCCCUUCCCAUAAGUCACACUGGUUCUGCAAGUGCAGACAACACACACAGAGCACACGUGAUGCAAAAAGCAGGUAGCAAAUACCAAGUGGGGUGUUGCGUUUUGGCUGAGAUAGUACUGAGUGACACCUCUCACCUGCUUCAGAUAGUUGCUGUUUCCUGAGGAGGAGAUUGGUUUCCAAUUUCCUGAUUGCAAAAUAAAUUUUAAAAGUUACAGCUUUUCAAGUUUGCUUGUUGUGGAACACACAUAAAUCAGGGAGUGUCCAGAUAUGUAGCCCACUGUUCUGCUCUGGUUUAGGGGAUAAUUCUGACACACAUAUGCUUUCCUUGAGGAACUUUUUUGUUGGCUUUUUGUUUUACUUGGUAAUUGAUCCUGGGCUAUGACAGAGAUGACCAUACAGAGAGAUAUCUUUUCCUAUUUUGUUUCUCAGCCAGAAUAUCCUAGAUGUGGGAUCCUUUCCUGUGACUAGUUGUAUUUUGGGUUUGCUUUCAGCAUAUGCCUUGCAAAGUCCAAAGAAUCAAAUGUGAGCUCAAAGGGAGCCACAGGUUUAUAAAAGUAAAUUAAGGUGAGCUCUGUAUCAGGUAUUAUUUCAGUGUGAGGAGAAAAUUGACAACCUACUUCAAUUCCAGUUUCUUUGGUAAGAGAAUAACGUCUCCCUUUUUGGCAUAAACAGUGGCAUUCCAAUGAUCUGAUCACGUUACUUUUUAGAUUCGUUGUCCAGGAGAUGACUGCAGUCAUUCAGGGAAUUCUGUACUUAAUGUUGCCUUCCCUUUGUUCCGUUUUAAAAUUUCUAUUGAAACAUAUAUACUAUCAGAGUAGUCUUUGCAGUUUUGCAUUUGAAAUGCAUGAUGGGUGUGAGCCAUAUGAUUUUUUCAGAUGCUGCUUAUUCAGGUCCCUUUUUUGUUGAGAUGUGCAAGUGAAACCUUUUCCAUCUUUGUUUAUCAAGAGUGCUUGAACACCAAAGACAAGAGCUGUCAUAGCUCAAGUAAAGACUGAUGUCCCAAAGGUAAGUAUUUUCAGUAGAGCAAAUGCAGUGAAAUGGGUAAGAUCUGUUGAUGUGAGCUCAGAGUAGUGCAAUAUAGAUUGGAACAUAAACAUCCAUUAGACCUGUUCUUCCAUCAGGCACUGAAAGGCUUAUAGUGUUUUGUAUUUAAUUUUCCUUAUACUCCCCAU